AACCCUAAUAUACCCCAAUCCUUUUCAUUUGAUCCCAAGAUCGAGCUCGCCAUGGAUGAAUCAUGGCGAUUCCGGCCGGCGCAAGGUCACCUCUGCCCCGUUUGUUCGAUUCCUCACUUCCCUUUCUGCCCGAUUCCUCCGCCGCCGCUGACUCACGCCUUCGACCGCUACCAUACCGCUGCCGACGAGUUCCAUCGCUUCCCUCCCGGACUUGCCCCACCGUUCCCUCACGAACCUCCUCCCUGGGAUCACCGGGAGCCGCUACCGAUUCCGUACGCACCUGAACCCUGGGGCGUGAAUCGACCCUUUGAGAGGAAUCCCUUACGUCCUGUUACCCAUCCGCCGCAGCGGUUUCUCCAAGAUGAAUUCUUGGGAGGAGAGACCUCCUAUAAGAGGAUGCGUGUUGAAGACUCGCUCAUGGGUACUUUCCACACUCCGUCGUCGCACGAUCGUUAUGAGUUCGCUCCUGGGAGGACCUCGUCUGAUAAUGAGCGUAGGCUUAAUUUGAUUCGAGAUCAUGGGAAGCCGAACCCUGUGGAAGGGCCGCCACGAUCUAGUGGCGAGUUUCUGCCAGAUAGAUUUGUGCGUGAUGGUAUGCUUCCACCAGAUACGUUCGUCUUUAAUGGUCCGCAGAAUCAGUACAGGGACGUUGUGGUAGAUCAUGGCUUUGAUGGCCCAAGGAUUAGUUCUGUUGGCAGAAGUGGUCAAAUCUUGCCUUUUGAAUCGACUUUUGGAUCCCAGAACCAGUUUUUGCGACCAACUCCAUUGGAAGAACAUCGGAAUUUUCCAGGAGCUUUGAGUUCUCAGGGUGAUGAUCAGUUUGUGUCACGUGAAAGAUUGGAUUUUGAAAGAGUUGGGCCGAAUGAUUCACGUUUGGGUGAGUAUAGAAAUGCGCAUUAUGAGAGAGAGGAUUUUGGCAGGGGCCCAGAGGUUGGAAAUGUUCACUCUGACAUUUCUUUUCAGCGGUAUGACAGCUGCAAGGAUGGUGGUUCUAUGUCUAGUUCAGAAUAUAAUGCAGCCCAUGUAAAAGACAAACAGCGCUUUUCUGUGAUGGGUCAUCGAGUUAUAUAUCAUACACCGGAUCAUGUAUCAUGCAGCAAACUUGAUGGGUAUGAUCAGCAUGAUUUCCAAGAGCUUCAUCCAUCUAAGAAUUCCCCUUAUCCAUUGCCAAAGCAGCCACAAUAUUCAGAACAGGGAAGCCAUCAUCUUGCACAAGAUACAGUUGGUAAUGAACUGAAAGGCUCCUAUCCAGCAUUUGGAGACCCUACAGGAAACAUAUUUGAUCUCACGAACCAAUGGACUGAGGCUCCUGAAUCUAAAGUUCCAGAUGCCAAUGAUAUUCACAGACUGUUAAAACCAGUAAAUUACACAUUGGUAGAACAGUCUAGUGCAAAGAAUCAUGUUGUACAAGGUGGUCUGCGACCCUUGCCUGGAAUGAAUAACAGUAAUGGCAUGAUAGAGGAAAUGCAUCGUCAAAUACAUACUCCUGGACUAUAUCCUUCUGUAUCACCACCACCUCUUUCAGCUGGACAUCGUGAACCAUUUCUAAAUCACAUCCCAGCGACAUCUUCAGUGCCAAGUGUGCCACCACCAACAUUGUUUCCUGUUCUAGCAAGUGCUUCAGGAACAACAUCCCUUCCACCUAAUCAAAUAUUCCCGGACCCUCAUGCUUUACCACGAGGCAGCGGCUAUGCUGAGCAACCUCCUCAUCCUACUGAGAUAGUUUCGGAGGAUUUGCAUCCCAUCCAACAAGCACCAUUAAAGCAGUAUCCAGAAGCAGUACCAAAUGUUUCAGCGAAUCGGCCUUUUAACAUUAAAUCAACUAUUGUUGAUGUUUGUGACUUGCUUAAGCAACCACAUCGUGCAUCUCGUCCUGAUCAUAUUGUUGUCAUCCUUCGUGGACUUCCAGGUAGUGGAAAAAGCUAUUUGGCAAAAACGUUGCGUGAUCUUGAGAUUGAAAAUGGUGGAAAUGCUCCAAGAAUUCAUGCAAUGGAUGACUAUUUCAUGAUCGAAGUUGAAAAGAAAGUUGAUGACAAUGAAGGUUCUAAGUCCUCUAGUUCAUCCAGAGUAAAGAAACAGACUACUAAGAAAGUGGUUGAAUAUUGUUAUGAGCCUGAAAUGGAGGAGGCAUAUCGGUCGAGCAUGUUGAAAGCAUUUAAGAAGACUCUUGAAGAAGGAAUAUUCACAUUUAUAAUUGUGGAUGACCGCAAUCUGCGGGUAGCUGAUUUUGCUCAAUUUUGGGCAGUUGCUAAGAGAUCGGGCUAUGAGGUAUACUUGCUGGAAGCUCCAUAUAAAGAUCCAACGGGUUGUGCUGCUAGGAAUGUGCAUGGUUUUACCCAAGAAGACAUACAAAAGAUGGCAGAAAAAUGGGAAGAAGCUCCACUUUUAUACCUGCGACUUGAUAUCCAGUCAUUGUUCCGUGGGGAUGAUCUGAAUGAGCACUCUAUUCAAGAGGUUGACAUGGACAUCAAUGAUUCGGACUGUGAUGAUGAUGGUACCAAGUUGCAGGAUGAGGAAAGCCUUAAGCCUUCUGAACCAAAAUCAGUGGAUUAUGUACCUGAUAAAGAUUUAUCAAAAGUUGGAGAAAAAUGGGACUCUGAAGAAGAGGAGGAAGGACAGACGAGAAUCAAAGAAUUAGGGAGCAGUAAAUGGUCAAAGGAUUUGGAAGAAGAUAUUGAAAACUCAGAAAAUGUCAGAGGAAAUAUAAAUGCUCUUUCUGGCCUAAUUCAAGCUUAUAGCAAGAGUGGAAAAUCUGUUCACUGGGGUGAUCAGGCUGACAAGAGUGGAUUUUCAAUUGGUGCUAUGAAGAAACAAAUUUCCUUGAUCAUUGGUCCAGGAUCAGGUUACAAUUUGGCCUCGAAUCCGAUGGUUGAAGACCAGGAUUCUGUGGGAGCAACUGAGAGCAGUAGUAUGAGUGAAUCAAAAAGACGAUUUAGUGAAAAACUACGUGCUGAGCAUGAGUCUUUCAGAACUAUUUUCAACAAAAGACGGCAGCGCAUCGGAGGGUUCUUCAAUAUGGAAGAUGACUAGGACAGUCAUGGCAUUUUGCUAUAUCUGAGUUCUGGUGUUCCUUAUCCUCUAACCACAUCAUGCAUACAUCAAGUUGGGCUGUUGCUCAGAUGGUCUCUGGAGAUGAGGUCAUUGCUUAAAGCCUCCCAAGAAACAUCAAGGGGCCGGUUUGAUGCCCCUGACAAUUCGCCAACUCCAUUGCUCAUUUAAGCAGGGGGAAGCAAGUUAUCUCACUCUUGGGAAAUCCUAUUACAAAAUUUCCGAUACCUUUGAUGUCAACGAUGUUUAUUGGGGAUGACGAACAACAUAUUCAGUAUUCAUGCUCGUUCUGCUUUGCAGAUUUGUUCAGCAGAUUGUCGCUGCAAUAACUCUAUCGGCUGCUGUAUAAUGAUUUGUAAGCAUCCAGAACAUCAGACAAAAUGCCACAGAUGUGGAUUCAUAUUGUUAGUUUCCUUUCUGAUGAAAUUUCAUUUUAAGAGCUUUUGCAAAAAUUGUUCUUCUGGCAGCAAGUUUUGUGGUGUAACAGUAUUCAACAUAUAUAUAUAUAAUCUGGAUGGUGUACUUAUUUUUUUUUAAGAGAGAAAUUUUCACUA